CUCGCUCGGUUGCGGGCGGGCGGCGCCGCCGGUGACAGCGCGGCCAUGCUGCGCAACGGGGCGGCGGGCGGCGGCGGCCCGGCGGCGGGCGGCGCGGCGGCGCAGCGGCCGGUGCGCGUCUGGUGCGACGGAUGCUAUGACAUGGUGCACUAUGGCCACUCCAACCAGCUGCGCCAGGCUCGGGCCAUGGGAGAUUAUCUGAUUGUUGGAGUCCACACGGACGAGGAGAUUGCCAAGCACAAGGGCCCCCCUGUCUUUACGCAGGACGAGAGGUACAAAAUGGUGCAAGCCAUCAAGUGGGUGGAUGAGAUUGCUCCAGGAGCUCCCUAUGUCACCACACUGGAAACCCUGGACAAGUAUAACUGUGACUUCUGUGUGCAUGGUGAUGACAUCACCUUAACGAUAGAUGGCAAGGACACUUAUGAGGAAGUGAAGACAGCAGGGCGAUACAGGGAAUGCAAACGCACCCAAGGUGUGUCCACUACUGACCUCGUUGGCCGUAUGCUGCUCAUGACUAAGGCUCACCACAGCAACAUAGAUGAGGACCUAGACUAUCGGAAGCACACUGACAACUUUGGGAAGGGGCCGAAAGGUCACAGUCCCUGGACUGGUGUCUCACAGUUCCUACAGACAUCUCAGAAGAUCAUUCAGUUUGCAUCAGGGAAGGAACCACAGCCAGGAGACACUAUCAUCUACGUGGCCGGAGCCUUUGAUCUGUUCCAUAUUGGGCAUGUAGAUUUCCUGGAGAAGGUUCACCAGCUGGCAGAGAAACCCUACAUCAUUGCUGGGCUGCACUUUGAUCAGGAAGUAAAUCGCUACAAAGGGAAGAACUAUCCCAUCAUGAACAUCCACGAGAGAACGCUCAGCGUCUUGGCCUGUAGGUAUGUCUCGGAAGUGGUGAUCGGAGCCCCGUACGCUGUCACUGCUGAUCUGCUGGAUCACUUCAGGGUAACACUUGUGUGCCACGGGAUGACUGAGGUGGUACCAGACAAGGACGGUUCUGAUCCGUAUGAGGAACCGAAGAGACGCGGCAUUUUCCAGCUGGUGGACAGUGGCAGCAAUCUCACCACAGAUUUAAUUGUGCAAAGAAUCAUCAAGAACAGGCUGGAGUUUGAAGCUAGGAACCAGAAGAAGGAAGCGAAAGAGCUGGCAGUGUUGGAGGCCAUGAAGAGACUGGAAGAGGAGAAGCACUAGGCUGGCAGAGAGCCAACGUGUGGGUCGCCGAGCGCCACAGCCUCCCCCUCCUGGGGAGCAGAGAGCUCUUCGAGAGGGGACCCCGGAACGGGGACACUGCUGCCGGCACGUAGGAUGUCCUGUCCUACCCUCUUCUGUCCUAGCUCCUCCUGCACUAAUUAUGCAGACGUAACGAGUCAGGAUCCUGCUGCCUAGCUUUUCCUCCAUUAAUCAGCCCCCGUCCCCUUUCCCAGGAGGAGAUUUGACAAAAGGAAAAAAAAAAAAAAAACCAACAAACGGUUUUAAUUAUAACUAAUAUUUUAACAUGUUGAUGUGCUUUUACCUUCUGCCAUUUCUGGCUUUUAGCAGGAGGGAAACAGAGUGGCCGCACAGGCCCCUUCUGCCCCUCCAGGUCUCUCUGUCCUGGCCCAAAUCCGUGUUCCAGAGCGUCCCGUUGGGUGGUGGGGGGCGGCUGGACAGACUGGCGGGAAUGGCCUCCCCGGGAAGGGAUACGGCACCCCUGGUUCCACCGGACAGCGUUGGGCUGGGGGCGCUGAGCCGUCGCUGGGCCGGCUGCGGGAGGUGCCGAUGUGCCCUGGGGUUCGUUGUGUCGCCUCUUCUCAGCCGCUGCCUCGGCGCGAGUGCCCGACCCGAAGCUGCUUGGGGCUGAGCUGGGUAAAGCCUCUCUCCACUGUGACUGGUGCCGGUGAAUCAUCUGUGGCGCAGUGGCUGCUGCAAGGGGCAGGUGGCCCAGGGACCCCCAGUUCUGCCCUUUCCCUGGUGGGUUUGAGGGAUUUCUCCGCACGAGGCGUGGGAACGCUGGGGGCUUUUGCAAAAAGCUUUUCCUGUCGUGAGGCAGCAGGACCCGGCGCUGCCUGUAGACCGUGCUCGGAGCCCUGCUUGCUGCUGCCGCCAGCGUCCGCCUUGUUGCCCGAUGGGUUGCCCAAGGGAGGGACUGUGUCGGCUGAAAUGUCACGGCUGUUUUCCGAGGGCCGGCACGCAGCACGCUGGCCCUGCGGGGAGGAGCAGGGCCUGGGGAGGAGGGUGCUGGGCCGGGCCCCUUUCUGCCUCUUACAUUCCAGGGUGCUGCGGUGGGUGUCCUGGGCCGCUCCCUGCGCUGCGCGGGACGGUCCUUCCACGCCAGUUCUGUUGUCUUCUCUGUUGUAAACUUUUGUUGCUGAUCAUUAAUAAAAUGUUGAAGAGUA